UUCAAUUUGAUGCUUAUGUAUGCUUGAAUUAGUCUUUCGCUUGUAGUUAGCCAGGAUGAGUGUUCGCUUGAGGGCCAGCAAUGGUUCUCGAGUGCCGGCCACAUUCAGGCUAUAGGCUCGGGUCGUGACAUUCACGAUUACACCACUUGGAGUAGCACUCAUGCCUUAACAUUCUAUUUGCUUUUUGGAACCAUGGUGUUUCCCAGGAUAAGAAAAAUGAAAUUGAUUCUAGAGUUGUCAUGACUACACAUGCCAUUUUCCAUGACAUUGGUGAGCCAAAUCAGGAGAAGAAGUAUUUCAAUAUAGUUUUGGUCAUUCUAGCCGAUAUCAAUCAGUUCUUAAGUCGAUGCAAGAAUAGACACCGAUUUUUCCAAGGAUGUAACCUCUUACUUCAAUGGUGGAUGUCCAAACAUCUAACUAGGAGAGGAGAAAAGGGUAAACAAAAUUUGGGAAAACAGGACAGGCAGGAUAGUAUAACUUCCCAUGAAUCAUGUUUAGUCUUCGAAGUUUCAGAACUAAGGAACUUUUCCCUAAGCUUCUCUUUCAACGUCUGUCAUGAUUCUAGGAAGUUCCAAGGGUUGCAAGAUCCAACAACCAGUGGGAGCAUUUGGAGCUUCUUGGCCUUUGAGCAAAUAUAAAGAGACCUGAUAAGAAAGUGAAACAUCUCUUCCCUUGGAUUCCAUGAGUGUUAUCUAACAACCUAUAUUGACAUUUAUAAAUAUUUCUUAUACUUUUUUAUAGUUUUUAUCUUUUAACAUAUUAUUUCAAGUGUGACUUAGAAUUUUGAAUGAUCCUAUAAAAGCCAUAGUCCAUGUAUAUUAGUAACUCUAAUAGUCUAGAAAGUAGUUCUCGUGCAUAUCCUGAAGCCAAUUAUGACCUUUAAAGAUUAAAAGCAGGGUUUUUUUUUUGGUUUCCCACUCAGUGUCCGGAGCCCACAAUGGAUCUUCCACUAAAUCUAGAUCGCACAUUGCAGGGCCCAUUCAGGAUUGACAGAGCAACACGAUUUUCUCCAUACCCAGGGUUUGAACCCGAGACUUCUGGUUAUGGGUUGAGCAAAAAUCAAGUUGUAAUUGUUUUAACGAGAAGUGAUUUUAAUACAUUGCACGUUAAUUACGUUACUGCAAAAAAAAAAUUAUUCUAUAGAUGAAAUUUGUCAUAUUUGUGGAAUGGAGCCUGAAACCUUAGAGCACAUUUUUCAUUUGUAUGUCAUGUAAAAGAUGACCCCGACACUUAGGCCGAAUUUGCAUGAUAUCUUAUAUUUUGUUGCUUGAUGAAAAAAAUUAGUUUUGGAAGUUUAGUUUUUAUUUCUGAUGUAACUGGCAGUACAUAUCUAUUUUAUGGAUGAUGUGAAAGGUAGAACAACAACAACAUAUCCCGUGUAAGCCCACAAGUGUGGAUUUGAAAGGCUAGUAAUAGAUGUAUUUUUAAAUUCAGUUCUAUGGAGUGAAAGGUGAUGUAUUAUCCAAAGCCUUGUUUGAUUUGACGAAUUUAUAACUAGGUGAAUAAUGUUAAAUGCUAUUCGAGAUGUUGUUAACGUUAAUUUACUAUUUUUUCUCCCGAGUUGUGGUGCUUUGUGUUGGUACAGAUGGUAGCCUUGAAGGCUAAUGGUGAUAUGAUUCAUGUCUGUGGUAGUCCAAUUCAUUUUGUUGGAGAAGUCAUAAUAGCUUGAGUGUUGUCAAUAACAAAAACAAUUCAAAUGGCUGCUAAGUAUGAUUGGAAAAAUAUAAGUAUUUUGUUAUAUUCGUCAACAAUGAUUCAAAUUGCCAGUUGAGACUAAGUUGAGGUGUUUAGAUGUGCACUCUCAAAGUUGGAGUGCUUACUUGCCAACUGAAGCCAAGUUUGAGUGUUUGUUUAUAUAUUAUGCCUUUGAUUAAUGCAUAUUAUGUUUUUCGGUAAAAAAGGUGAUUUUGUUAAUUGCUUUGAAUAAUUUAUAUACAAUCUUGAGACAAUUUUUUUAAAAUUGUGCAUUGUAUUGAGUGUGCCACGAUUUACAACAUAGAGAUUGUUGGAAUCCUACUAAUAUUGACUCAUGAUAUACAAUGCGCCUGUACAUGGACAAAUAAAAGGAAUAAAAAGGCUGCGUAUCGGACAAAUAAAAGAAAUAAAAAGGUCGUGUUUUGGACAGUGCAACUGAAAGCCCUGCUACUUGAUUGAAAGUGAGAAACGGUGGUUACAAUUCUCCUAUUUAAGGGUUUUGAUUGCCCUCACCCUGGUGUUUCCUCUGUUCCAGAAGGAUUUAAGAGUUGUUCGGGAAGCAUACUUUGUAUACGGAGGAGAUGGAACGGGCGAAUGAAGCAUGUGAUAAGUGCAAGAAGGACUGCCUGUUGAUUCAUAGAAAGAGGGUUCCUUCUUUCUGCAAAACAAUGACUGACAAAAGUUGCUUACAAGUUCUGAUUUUACCGCCAAAGUUUGCUCGAUCAGUUUCACACCUGGCUGAUCAGGUAACGCAUGUAGAGGAUUCAAGUGGAUUGCGAUGGAGGGUAACAGUGUGUUACUAUCAGGGUUUGUUAGCUAUCCAACAGGGGUGGCCGAAAUUUGCAUCACAGCAUCGUCUGGAUGUCGGAGACCUCUUGGUUUUCCAGUAUGCUCCGGGUCAGCACUUCACUGUUCAAAUAUUUGAUACGAAUGGUUGUGAAAAGAUUAUUUUCUGCUGUGACACUGGCAAGGGUAAAAAAAGAGCAACAACCUACGUGGAAGAAACCACCCGGGUUAGAGAUGCUCAAUAUGAUCACGAAGACGGCAGGUUGUGCUUGCAUCAGUCACGUUUUGAAAUGCCAGCAAGCAAACCUCUUGCAGAAGUACUGUUGCCAAUGUGUGAGGCUGGAAUCAAGGCAACUGGUAUGGUUAGUAGACCAGCAGAGGAUAUUCCACUGCUGGGUCCAAAAGAUAAAAAAUCCAAAAAAGCAUCUCAAUUUGAUUCAGGAGAGGAGGAAGCAAAUGGUAAUGAAAAAGUCAUCAAAAGUAAGCCUGCUGGUUUAGGAGACACACCAUCCUUUCCUGCAAUCAACUAUUCAUGUUUGGUGUCCGUCAAUGGUCGAGAUUUUCUGGAAUUACCAGAAUCCUGGCGAGAUUUGUUGAAAAGGCCAAUGCGAGAAAGGUGGAUUAUUUUUCUCCGAGGACCAGAUAAAAGAAUCUGGCCUACCUAUUAUACUAGUCGCUUGCCUCCCUAUUAUUCUAGCAGACCUAGUGUUGAUGUUUUGACUCGUGGAUGGAAGGACGUUGCUGCAGCUUAUGGCAUGAAUGCCAAAGAUGAUUGUCUUUUUCAACUUGCAGAUCAGCAGAACCGUAUAUUUGAUAUACGCAAAAUCUGAAAGUGCUGAAGUAAGAUUCCAAAUGAACUACUUGGAGUCAAUUACCUUAACGUCGUUAUAAGGGAAAUGAAAAGGAACCUAUGUCAGUUUCUCAUUAAUAGUUUUGAACAACAUUUAAGCGUUGCUUUGUUGGGUCAUAUAUUUUGUACUGUCAUUUUGAAGUUGUACUCAGUAUUUUGAGACUAAUUCCUUUGAGUCUAGUUACAUGUUUGUUUAACUUUGUUUUCUGAGAUCCAAUUGCAAAGAACCAUGAAUUGCUCGUUA